ACGUCGACAACUCCCAAAUGAACAACAUGAGGAGACACUGGUAACAAUCACUCACCAAUGUGAAGAUUAUGAAAGGUGUGAGAGCAUGGAGCUUGAUGACAAAAUCCGGGACCUGAUAGCAGGCACCCCAGAGGCCACUUCCAGCUACAGAAAUGUCCCUUCUUCACAGGAUAUGGCUGGACUGAGCACCACAGCAGCUCACAUGGAGCAUGCAGAGUGUGCUCCAUCAAGAAGAAAAGACUUGACAAAUUCUCUUGAGCAAAAGAUAAAGCACUUGGAAAAACAGAGACAAGAGCUCUUGGAAGUCAAUCAACAGUGGGACCAGCAAUUCCGAAAUAUGAAGAAGUUAUAUGAAAGAAAGGUCGUGGAGCUGAAAACUAAGCUGGCUGCCGCAGAAGUUACUCACGCCCUUGAGAAGGAGCAGAAGCAAAGCGUGACAGAGGGCGACAGGCAGCUUGAGAAGGAAAACAACAGCCUAAGGGAAGAAUUACAAGCACUGAAGAAGGAGAAUAAGCUGUUGAAGGAAAACAAUGCUCUGGCAAAUAGGAAGAAAGAACAUUAUGCAUGUGAAAUUAAACGACUCAAUAAGGCUCUGCAGCAUGCCUUGACAAUUGGGAGUGCUUCACUUUCCGAGGACUCGGGGAAGAGUAAGUGCAGGUGCAGCCACACGGAGAGGAGGACAGAGGUGGAAAGUCACCAGCAGCAGCCAGACUAUCAAUGGAGUGCUCCCAACCAGCUUCCUCCCCAUGCACAGCACAAGGCACAUGGUUUCUCUUCAGAAAGGAAAUUCAACCGGUAGAGAUGCAUGCUAGCAGAGCGGAAUGGACGGUGGGCUCUCAGCUAUGGCCACUUUGCUUCUUCAGGACAGCUGUGAAUAUUCUCCUUUGAGAUCUGCUUGCAUUUCCUUCCCUGUGUCCUGGAUAGAGGAAAAGUCAGGACCACUGAGACACAAUAGAACAGGAAGAUACUCUGCAGCCACGCUGAGCUUUUCUCCACAAUGACACAGGACAGCUGAUUACAUGCUUCUCCUCGAAACUCUCUUCAACUAACCACUGAUGGGUUUGCGAAGAUGACUCCAGAACUUAAAUGACUUCAGCUAUGGUGGCGUGACAUUCUAUACUGAUUUAGAAUGUACACAUAUUAAGCCAAGCACAGUGGCACAUCAUAUAAUUCCAUGGGGAGUUCAGGCAGGAUUACAGGGAGUUCAAGGCCAACCUGGGUUGUAACUAGAAUGCCAGAUCAGCCCAUUUCUUCAACUAAAAAAAAUUUAAUAACACACUGUGUAGUCUCUGGAAGAAAACCUUGUUUUCAUAAUGGCUAACUUGGUUUUUCAUUGUUUUGACAGCUGGACUAGGUGAUAUGCUCAUUAUUACUGAACUUGAAACUAAAUGAAUGUGAAUAGACAAUCAAAGGACCUCUAGACUUCCCCUGACUAAAUAAGUUAAACUGAAUA